AUGUUCCUGAACUGGGCCUUACUGGUCCCCAAGCUCAGGAGUUUGGAGUUCACCCUGGAGUCCAAGCAAAGGGAGCCCUUCGUGGGGGCUGCAGAAACCGGAGAGGGCCGUUUGCACAAACUGGCUGUGGUGCUGAGUGCCUUGCAGAGGGCUCUAAGGAUGGGAGGGAAAAGGGGCACUGGGGACUCCGGCGAGCCCAGUGGUGGAGGGGCCAGUGCUGGUGGAAGACCUGGUCAGAGGAGCGCCUCCCCCCUCCCAGCCAGGGCCCUGCCUGCCCAGGUGGGAAAGGAAGUGAGGAAACUGCACCCAAAGCAAGGGCUGCACCAGGGAAACCGGAUCCUGGUGAAAAGUUUGUCCCUUGACCCUGGCCAGAACAUUGAGCCUCAUCCAGAAGGUCCCCAGCGGCUUCGCUCAGACCCUGGUCCCCCCACCGAAACCCCCAGCCAGCGUCCUUCGCCACUGAAGCGGGCACCAGGCCCAAAGCCACAGGUCCCCCCAAAGCCCAGCUACCUGCAGAUGCCCCGGAUGCCCCCUCCACCCGAGCCCAUCCCCCCUCCACCAUCACGCCCGCUGCCUGCAGACCCCCGAGUGGCCAAGGGCCUGGCUCCCAGGGCAGAGGCCAGCCCUAGUUCCGCAGCCGUAUCCUCACUGAUCGAGAAAUUUGAAAGGGAGCCUGUGAUUGUCGCCUCUGACAGGCCAGCCCCUGGCCCCAGCCCAGGUCCCACAGAGCCAGCCAUGCUGCCACAGCCCCCC